AUGAAUGUCUAGAAACAAAUAUUCAAUAUUAUUUUAUUUGUUUAGAAUGUUUAAAUGGAUAUUAUUCAGAAUAAAUUUCCGAGAAAUGUAUUUUAAUCCAAUAGAACUUUAAUGUAUGUAAUGUUAUUCACAAAAUUCUAUUGUUAAAGAUUAUUGGAAAAAAGAAAGUAUAUUGAAGUAAAAAAUAUUCAUUAAUAUAUAUUGAAAGAAUAUUAAUAUUGA